CACCUAUCAACGCCACCACCUGCACAUUCCCGACAGCUCUGCGACCACCAAACAGAAUAGCCAUGAGCGCUCAGGAUCCAUAAUUCUACCAACCCCACAUAGUCGCGUAAGGAAUUAAGGCGUGGGUGCGCCUGCAGAGGAAUCCUUAUCGCCUACCCCACAUCUCCGUCUGGCAGUCGAAGCUUGCUCUGAGCGGCUAAGCUAUCACUCCCGGAUCGACAACCCUUGCUUGGGCAAAUAUGUUUGUUCCUGCACAAGAGGAACUGCUUUGCAGAAAGCUCCGCGACCUCCCUAAAAACUUCGACAACCGCUACACCGAUGCCGCUCGCCGCGAUCUCAUUGAAACCCUCUUCCGCUCUCUAGCCGCCAACCGCGACGACUACCUUCGCUACUUCUUCCCAUUUGGAUCGCCGCCGUCGUCGCAGGCCUGGAGCUUACGGGAUGCACAGGGCGCCGUGGAAGGAGCAGAAUACACGGCCGCCGCGAGGGGACAUCCAUGCGGACAUAUCUUCAAGAGCGGGGAGGCGACAUACAGAUGCAAGACCUGUACUGUCGAUGAUACCUGCGUCUUGUGCGCAAAAUGCUUUGACGCCUCAGACCAUGAGGGUCACAUAGUCUACGUCAGCAUUUCGCCUGGAAAUUCUGGUUGCUGCGACUGUGGCGACCCGGAAGCAUGGGUGCGGCCAGUACAUUGCAACAUCCACACCGCGCUACCAGGCACCGAAUCGAAGGCCGCUGGUAAAGCCAAGGAAGCGUCUUCAUUACCAGAUGAUCUCCUUGAGAAUGUCAGAAUGACCAUAGCCCGGGCUUUCGAUUAUCUAUGCGACGUUUUUUCAUGCUCCCCAGAGCAGCUGCGGCUGCCGAAGACAGAAGAAUCUAUCCGCGAAGACGAGCGACUAUCCCGGCUUAUGUCAAAAUGGUAUGGAGGCUCAGACAUUACCGAGCCGGACCAAGAAUUUGUUCUAGUCCUGUGGAACGAUGAGAAGCACACAGUCAACGAUGUCGAGAACCAACUAGCUCGGGCCUGCAAACAGACGAAGCAAUUCGGGCGUGACAAAGCAUACGAGGUUGACGAUGUUGGUCGAAGCGUCGUGAUAUACUCUACAAACGUCAAGGACUUGCUACGAAUGGCUAAGAUUGUAGAAGAAAUCAAGCUCACUGUGACCAUCAGGUCUGCAAGAGACACCUUCCGCGAACAAAUGUGCGGCACCAUUGUGGAAUGGGUUUCAGAUAUCGCUGGAUGCAGUAUAGGGACUGACGGCCAUGUCCUCCGCAACAUCAUCUGCGAAGAAAUGCUCAAGCCAUGGCGCAUGGGCAGCGAGGCCCAUCACGCUAAGAUUGGAAGGGAUGGAAUAGACGACCAUGAAGCUGAAGAUGCAGAAGACGAAUUCCGUUAUAUAUAUGGCCGGAUUCUCCCGCGACGACGCAAUAUUGUAACGGUAAUCACGGCAACAAACCCCGAUGAAGAUGAAGAAGAUUGGGAUGACGAGGCAGAUCCUCUCGAGGAACUUGAAGCUGAAGGCGAAGAAGAUAUGGAGAUCGACGACAUUCUGAACGAGGAAGGCGAUGGCGACGUGGAUAUGGAGGGCUCCGACGCACUCGAUCAACUGGAAGAUGCCGAAGCAACCUUUGCAGGCUACCCACCGCCUCCACCUCCGCCGCCACCUGCUCCACGAAGGAGAGAUCAGAUACACACACCGGCCGAUUCGGACGGGGAGUCUCUUGCCUUUGACCACAUGUUCGCAGAAGAAACGCAGCCGAUGGAAGUCCCUAAAACGCCCAGGAUCAGAAACAGGAGCCUGCGGCCUCCGAGACCGGCAAAGUAUUGGCAGGAAAAGCCAGAAGGAUACCAUAUGCGAGCUGGCAUUCCCGUUCAUGAGGAUCUGUGGCAGAGGGUGCGCCUAGACUUCUUGAUCCUCUACGAUCUGCGAAUGUGGAAGAAGGUCCGGAUAGACAUUCGGGAUGUGUUCAUCAGUACUGUCGUAACGAUACCAUACUUUAAACGGGUCCUAGGUUUGCGCUUCGCGGCGCUCUACACCACAUUGGCCCAACUUUACUUGAUCGCCGACAGAGAACCAGAUCACUCCAUCAUCAAUCUGUCUCUACAAAUGUUAACGACCCCGUCCAUCACGGCAGAGGUCGUCGAGAGAGGAAAUUUCCUUACCAAUCUCAUGGCGAUCCUUUAUACUUUUCUCACGACACGUCAAGUCGGCUAUCCUUCUGACGUCAAUCCCUUGGCCACUUUGGCUUUUGACGCUGGUGCCGUCACGAACCGUCGAAUGUACCACUUCUUCCUCGAUAUGAAGUACUUGCUAGGUUCAGAGCAUGUUCAGGAAAGAAUCUGCCAAGAGAACAGAUACUUAUUGCAAUUCCUUGACCUUGUCAAACUGCAUCAAGGAAUUUGCCCCAAUCUCCGUGCUGUUGGAGAACAUAUCGAGUACGAAACAGACGCCUGGAUUAGCGCUUCCCUCAUAACACGGGAAAUCAACAAACUAUGCCGCCAAUUCUGUGAAUCUUUCAGGCCCGAGCUGGAUUCGGACUUUGCUUAUGUGUCCCGGGCAAUAAGGUCUACUGCUAAAACGGUUAUCACCCACUCCUUGGGUGCAGAACGUAGACGGUUCAACCAGGCGGAGUUAAAGGGAGAAACGAAGUUCAAGUCUUUGGAGCCCUUUGAAGCCGACUCAAAGUGGGGUCCCAAGUACAAGGUUGUCGAUUUUGUUGUUGAGAAGGAUCACAUGAGUUUCCACCAUGCCUUGCACUAUACCUUGUCUUGGUUGAUUGACCGUGGCAAGGCUAUGCCGCGUGAGCAGCUUUUGGGCCUGUUGCUGUUCUCGGUCCAAGAACUCAGGGAUUUCCCCGCACCGCCAAGGAUACUGAUCCCUGAUUAUCAGCCAAGUGAAUAUCUGUUGGCUUUGUUCGACUUUCCCCUCAGGGUCUGUUCCUGGUUGGCACAAAUGAGGGCGGGAAUGUGGGUCAGAAACGGUAUCACUUUGCGGCACCAAAUGACCACUUAUCGUGGCGUUACCCAGAGAGACAAUUCCCACCAAAGGGACAUCUUCUUGUUGCAAGUGGCCUUGGUCGUUUGCCCGACAGCUGAGUUCCUGGCGCAAAUGAUCGUCAGAUUCGGCAUGGAGAACUGGGUCAGAGGCAACUACGAAGUGCAACCGGGCUGGGAAGAUUUACAGACCGUUGACGUCGCUGAGGAUUUCGUUCACCUGCUCAUCAUUCUGCUUAGCGAUCGCUCAUCUUUGAUUCCUCCGGAUGAACAUCACAACCCAGUAGCUGCCGCGGCGCGUCGCGACAUUGCACACACGCUCUGCUUCAAGCCGAUGGCAUACUCCGAUUUAACUUCGCGGUUCUCCGAGAGACUACAGGACUCGGACGAGUUUGGUGAAAUUCUCACUGAGAUGACGACUUUCCGUCCUCCAGAGGGCCUCAACGACUCCGGCACCUUCGUGCUGAAGGAACAACACAUUGAGGAAAUCGAUCCCUAUGUUGCUCAUUACAACCGAAACAGCCGGGAAGAGGCCGAAAACAUCUACAAGAACUACAUGGCCAAGAAGACCGGGAAUGACGCUGCCAACAUCGUUUUCGAGCCAAAAUUGCCUCAGAUUCAGAACGGAGUUUUCAAAGGCAUCGCGAGCUUUACUAGACUUCCUCUCUUUGCUCAGUUCAUCUACUACUUCCUUGGUUAUGCGCUCGCAUCUCCCCUCUCGACGCCCAACGUCCCCAUGACCCGCGUGGAGACGUACGUUCAGUUCGUGUUGCAACUCAUCGUGGUUGUGGUUAACGAGGAAGUGACAUCUUUGGGCACCAACGGCAUACUGGAAAAUAAUCCUGGAUCUUUCAUCAAGUUUGCCCUCACGAAGGACUUUGGUCCCGACAGCAACCCAUUUCCCACCAUCCUUUCCUUGCUCCGCACCCUCUUGGAAAAAGAAGAAUUCAAGUCUUGCGAACCGAAGAUCCGCCUGGUUCUGUCCCGGUUCCAACAAAGAUAUCCGGCUGCGUUUGACACGGCAAUGCCUGGUGACGGCAUGGAUGUUUCCUCGCCUGCAGCGACAGCUGCGCAAGACAAGGAGCUGAAAAAGAAGCAAGCCCUAGAGAGGCAAGCACGGGUGAUGGCUCAAUUCAAAGAGCAGCAAACCAAUUUCAUGGCAAACCAAGACAUAGAUUGGGGAGAGGGCGAUUUCAGCGAUGAAGAGUUGUUCGACACCCCUGCAGCACAAGAAGACAAGAUAUGGAAGUAUCCGUCAGGUACUUGCAUCUUGUGCCAAGAGGAAACGGACGAUCAACGCUUGUAUGGCACCUUUGCUUUCAUCAGCGAAAGCAAUAUUCUCCGGCAGACGGACAUUCAUGAUCACGACUGGCUAUCAGAAGUCGUGAACACACCUACGAACUUGGAUCGUUCUGCAGAAAACAUUAGACCUUUCGGCGUUGCAGGCAAAAAUCGCCGGACGGUCGAAAAGACGACGUUUGAUGGAAAGACUGUCGUCACGGAGCGCCAGGAUCUCGGCAAGGGUUUCCCCUGCUCACAGGUCAGGCGCGGUCCAGUUAGCACUGGUUGCGGGCACAUCAUGCACUAUUCGUGCUUUGAGGUCUACCUCCAAGCAACUCAGCGGAGGCACAUUAAUCAGAUCGCACGGCAGCAUCCUGAGCGACCUGAGCAUAAGGAGUUCAUGUGUCCCUUGUGUAAGGCGCUCGGAAAUGCUUUCCUGCCUAUCAUUUGGGAUGGCAAGACAAUCACAUAUCCUGGUGUUCUCGAACCAGAAAUCUCAUUCGACAACUGGCUGGAGUCGCACGUCAGCGUCCAAAUUUCGAAACUUGACAAAGGUCCUGAGACACGAGCUACGGAAACGCCAGCUGCUCUAGCUCGACAGUCCAACAUGUUCUUCGAGUACGGAAAAGAAAACAUCAUCUCUCAGUUGGCCUCGCAGUUGUCGGAUUUGGCGCGUCCUGGUGUGCUAAACUUGUCGAUGCCUGCCAGCUCCGGACCAAGGUUUCCUCUCCCGGGCUUCAUGCCACGUCCUGAUGAGGAUCCUCUGAGAGACCCAUUCCCCGUUGGCGAAGGUAGUACAAGCACUACACAGGUAGCCCCGACUGUGGAACUGGUCAGAAUCUACCAAAGGCUGCGGGACACUAUGAGGCAGAACAACCUUGGGACUCUUUAUCCCUAUAGCCUCAGCCCGUCUAUAAUUACCGAUGAUCUGACGUAUACGGACACACUGGCCAAGUCGUUGGGAUUUUCCAUUUCGGCAAUCGAAAUUGCUCAGAGAGGAGUCGAAUCAGAUGUUGGCUGCACACUGCUGGACAAGAUUUCAGCGCAGUCCUUGACCCAUCUUAGGGUCUUGUCUGAGACGGUAUCUUCUUAUCUCGCUAUUGGAGUCAUACGCCACCAAGGCUCUACGAAGACAAACACCGAAUUUUUAGAAAGCCAAAACCGUCAGCUUCAGCAGUUGAUGUUUGGACACCCGCUUGUCGAAGAGACUCCAUCUCCUCUGAGCAGCAAAGCUGUUUCGCCGCUCUUGCAACAGGAUCCGUUCAUUUUCCUUGCGGAGUCAUCUGUGUGCCUUGUUCCCGCAUUGCGGUUCGACAUCCACCACGUUAUGCGUCUAUGCUACCUCGCAGAAAUCGUCAAGGUGAUUACUACAUUCGUCCUGGCUGAGUCUGACGUCCUAGCAAGCGUUCCUGCGAGUGACGAAAAUGUCUAUCGCGAACACGCGCCCAGUUUGAGCGAGUGGCAGUUGAAGUUGUUCACAUCUUUUGUCAAGCGCAUCGUACAGGACAAUCCCGAAGCUGCUAUGAGUGACGCAACGCGCUAUGCGGCUCUCUUCCACUAUUCAAGCACAAACUUCAUGCGCUAUCUGCGUGUGCUUGUAUCAUCUUACGCGCUUCCAUUUGUCCGCAAGGCCAUCUUACUGAUGCACGUUCGUUAUGGCAUUGAGUACCCCGACGCUGGGUAUGAUUCCGGUAAGGAGCCAGAGCUGCAGAGACUUUCCAGGGCUUUGCGGUUGCCCUCACUUGAUGAGAUUUUCAGCUCGUACUUGAUGGACAGUCCUGCGAGUAUGAUCACUCGCUCGAUUGCUUCGGGCUGGAUCCAGCAUUGGGCCCUCUCCAAAGAAUCCAACCUUAAGCGCAAGCCGUUGACUCUCAGCCACCCUGCCAUCUUCGAAUUGGUGGGCCUGCCAAAGAACUACGACACCUUGACCGAUGAAGCCAUCAAGCGCCGGUGCCCUAGCAACCCCAGCAAAGAAUUGACGGAUCCUUGCGUCUGCCUGUUCUGCGGAGAGAUGUUUUGCAGCCAGGCCGUCUGCUGCAUGAAAGAUGGAACGAGAGGCGGGUGCAUGCAGCACCAGGCAAAGUGUGGAGGCAACGUCGGCCUGUUCAUCAACAUCCGCAAAUGCAUGUUACUCUUCUCGCAUUACACGAACGGCAGCUGGUUCGCUGCACCAUAUCUCGACAAGCAUGGAGAGACGGACAUGUCUCUGCGUCGGCACCAUCAGCUGUACCUUCACCAGAAGCGGUAUGACGCUUUGGUGAGGAACGUGUGGCUGAACCACCAGGUGCCAUCCACCAUUGCCAGGAAGCUCGAGGGUGACAUCAACAAUGGCGGAUGGGAGACCAUGUAGCGUGAGGGUGCACUCGGUGAUGGGGCGAAGAGGGGUGUGGGGCAUUUGAUUGCGGGCUUGGGUAGAUCUUAGCCCCAAAUCGGUAACCGAUGCGGCAAUGCAUCAUCAGGAGUUUCAGGGAAUCGGGAUAGGUGUCAGAAUCGGGACAUUCUGGCUCGGUUGCCGUUAUUGCAUAGGAGUGUGUAUGGUAGUUUAUCGUAGGGCAAUGAAGCUCGUGACUCUCCU